AUGUCGCACACAUAUGGCCGCGGUGGCGAGUCAGACUCGUACAUGGACAAGCCCAUGCUGCCAAUCACUCACUCGCCUACAACACCACCGCCACCUUCCGGACGUCGCAAGAACAAAGCUUGCGCUUGGUGGAGUAAACAAUCCCGUUCUCGCAAAAUCAUCCUGAUUGCACUCGUUUCGAUCGCCCUACUUGCGCUUAUCCUCGGUCUUGCAUUAGGCCUCACCAUCGGCAGGCCGUCCAAAGAAGAUUCAAAUCCUUCUGCCGACUAUGUGCCUACAACCAUCUCUGGCGACCGAUCGUCCUUGCUUCAACAUGGCUACUGGUACACUGCCCCUCGCAAUGGCACCAACUUCAACUGGACAUCCGCCAACCCGCAGCUAGGCACUUACAGGAGCGACAGUCAGGGCGUUGAUAUCAUCAUUGAUACCGCCGAAACUUUCCAACCCAUCGAUGGCUUUGGUGGCGCCAUGACCGAUGCCUCCGCUUUCCUGCUGAGCCGGCUCAAGACCAAGGAAGCGCGCCUCUACAACAGAGUGAUGGAUUUCAUGUUUAGCAAUGCUACCGGUGUCAGUGUCACGCGAGUCACAAUGGGAGCAAGCGACUUUUCUGUCAACCAAGAGUAUAGCUACAUUUCACAACCACCCGCGUUUGCACAAGCGGUAGAUCAGCUCAAUGAUCCCAAUGCCCUCUUGAACGGUUUCAGCAUCCAAGGCACCCAGAGCAGCCAGUACACGAUUCCUGUACUGCUGGAUGCCAGGAAGCGCAAUCCUAACCUCAAGGUGAUCCUCAGUCCCUGGAGCCCGCCGGCCUUUAUGAAGUCGAACAAUGCCAUGAAUGGAGGCAUGCUUCGUUCUGGCUUCAUCGGCGUAUUGGCGCAAUACUAUGCGCAAACGGCAGAGGCCUUCAUGCGCGCAGGCGUUGAGCCUUGGGCUAUGACGCUGCAGAAUGAACCUUCGCACGUCGCCACCUACCCGUCCAUGGGCAUGGACUCCACUACGCAGGCGCAGCUCGCGGUUGCUCUCAAGGAUGCCUUGGCACAGCGUGGAUUGUCGCGAGUCCAAGUGUGGGCUCACGACGACAACUAUGCGCGCUGGCAGAGCGCUGCAGACAUUGUCAACGCCAAUGCCUCUGCUAUCGACGCCAUCGCCUUCCACUGUUACCGCGGCGAUCCUGAGCAAAUUUCACAAUUCGAACAAGCGCUUCAAAACGACGUGUCCAAGAACGUCCACCUGACUGAAUGCACUGGCACUGGUAACCCCGCCAAUAGAUGGGCAGGUAUCCAAGGCUGGUUGAACAACGUCUACUGGCCUGUGAGCAUCGUUAACGCUCGAAGUGUCGUUCAAUGGAACUUGGCGCUAGACAACGGUUACGGUCCACAUCUCGAAUCGUCCUACUGCAGUUCGUGCACCGGAUCGCUCACCCUCUCCUCGCCCUCGCACCCGGCAAAUCCGUACGUCGACUUCAACGACCAGAUCUACCUCACCUCGCACUUCUCCGCCGCCACUACUGACCUCACCAACGUGGGUGGCGGACAAGCGGUCCGCGUCCAGGCUAGCCAAGGAACCCUCUAUUCGUUAGAUCAGGACGACUGGCAGUGUUUGCAAUGGCUGGCUUACGCUGCACCUUUGAACAGCAGCAGCUUGCAGCGCGCGAACACAGGUGCAAAUGCGGCGGCAACGAGGAGGAUCGGGUUGGUGAUCGCGAACACAUGCCAGCAGACCAAGAAUGUCGUGGUUUCCAGCGACGGCAGGCGUACCACACUGCCUGUCCAGCAAGGAUUGACGAGUUUUGUCUGGACUGCACCGUGA